AUGUGGAUGUGUGUCGCUGUUUUCCUGCUGUGGAUGAGGUCAGGAGGAUGCACGGAGAAGGCUAACACAUCAGACCUGAUUGAAUACACGGCAGCAGACUUCUAUGAGAAAUUACACUCCAGCAAAAUGAUGUUUAUUUACUUUGAGCAUCAAGGUAUGCUCAGUGGAUCAGAUUUUACACUUUUGUAAGCACAUAUUGCGCAUUUUGAAAUCAUUUUUCUCCCUCACUCCAGUCUCUCCAACCGUCUCCCUCUUUUUGGUGGAGCUGGAGAAGUCUGCUGAAGCCCUGCAGGAUUAUGGAGUUCUUGUUGGCAAGGUAACUCCAGUCCUCAUGCUCCAUCUGCUAUUGAAGAAGUUUUUUUUUAACCAUGAAUAUUAGAAAGCAGUACCAUGUUUCCUCAUUCAUUUUAGGUCAACUGUAACAAAGAGCUGGUUCACACAUACUGCACAGGGGAGAGGGUGCUGAACACAGCUUUUCUUUUCAGGUAGGUUCUGUAGACUGUCAAUUUAAAAACAACUGUUCACACCUAAUACUGCUGACAAUAUACACUCACCGGCCACUUUAUUAGGUACACCAUGCUAGUAACGGGUUGGACCCCCUUUUGCCUUCAGAACUGCCUCAAUUCUUCGUGGCAUAGAUUCAACAAAGGUGUCUACGUUUGUGUUGUGUGUAAGAACAUGAUGUAUAAAACAAUAUGGCAGAUUUGUGUCCUGAAGUCUAACCACUGUAUUCGAAAAUUUUUCUCCUUAAUUAUCAUGAAGAUGCUGCAACUUUUUCUGGUAAAUUUUGGACCAUUUGAGUACCUGAACUCAUUGUCAUGUUCAAGAAACCAGUCUGAAUGGUUUUAAAACUUUAUCUGUUAAGAAUUUCCUAUAACUGAAAGUACCAUACUGAGAAAAACGUUUUUCAUUGUGUAUUUUAAUUGACCAAUAUCCCAUCUGUCUGUCUGUCUGUCCGUCUGUCUGUCAGGGGUGGAAGGGAGUUCCUGGGCUUUGAUUUGGACACUGUGUUUGACGUCAACUCCAUUGUCUCUGAAGUCCUGUUGUAAGUAAGCAACACUUCCUCAGUUUCAUGCAUCAGCGAAGGCCAGGCUUUUACCUGCAGAUAUUACUUUGUGCCUAAAACACACAUUCCAAAGAGUUUUAAGUGAUAUUUUUAUGUAUAUAUGCAGUUUGUAUUGUCCAAUUUGUAUGAAGUGGUGGUAUGUCUUACUAUAUUGUGAAGCUGAAAAUCAGUUUGCAACAGCUAAAUAAGUAAUUAUAAAGAUAAUUGAUUGCUUUAGAUAAGAAUAGAACCCAAACCUGUUCUGUUACCUGCACACAGUUCGAAGCUACAAUCUGGUGCUCAUGGUAUGCUAGCUUACACACCUGGGAGGGCACCAGUGAUGCCCAAAAGCACAUUUAGAUUUUAGAGCAACAUAUGCUGCCAACAAACACUCUUUCUGAAAGACUUUAGCAAGACCAGAUGCUGCACUCUUCUGCCUGCAGUCCUGAAAUGUUUUUUUUUUCUCCAGCGCCAUCCUGCGUGAAGAAGUGAAGUACGUCCACACAGACGCUGAUCUCCUGGCCAUGGAGAAAGCUCCCAGUAGAUCAGCAGUUUCUGAAAUACUCAGACCAGCCCUUCUGGCACCAACAACCAUGCCACGUUCAAAGUCACUCAAAUCACCUUUCUUCCCCAUACUGAUGCUAGGUUUGAACUGCAGGAGAUUGUCUUGACCAUGUCUACAUGCCUAAAUGCACUAAGUUGCCGCCAUGUGAUUGGCUGAUUAGAAAUUAAGUGUUAACGAGCAGUUGGACAGGUGUACCUAAUAAAGUGGCCGGUGAGUGUAUAUAGACAGACAGAGCAUACCCACUUCCUCCCAUUGCACAAAAGUGAGACCAAAAAAACCUGAAUUACAGGCCCUGACUUUGUGGGCAUUACACCAUUUAGCUGCGGUAUCAAGCGUCAAACCCUCAUGCCAGCCACCUAAAAUACCACUGUUAACAAAGGCUGUCUACGUUGUGUGUGUGUGUGAAGAACAUGCUGUAUAAAACAAUAUGGUAUAUGUCUUGUGUCCUGAAGUCUAACCACUGUAUUCGAAAAUUUUUCUCCUUAAUUAUCAUGAAAUUGCAACUUUUUUCUUUAUAAAUUUUGGACUUUUUCCUGAAUUUUUUUUGACCAAUGUGUGCAAACCUUUGGUUUUAAAACUGGUCUGUUAAGAAUUUCCUAUAACAACAGACACCAUACUGAGAAAAACGUUUUUCAUGUGUAUUUUAAUUGACCAAUAUCCCAUCUGUCUGUCUGUCUGUCCGUCUGUCUGUCAGGGGUGGAAGGGAGUUCCUGGGCUUUGAUUUGGACACUGUGUUUGACGUCAACUCCAUUGUCUCUGAAGUCCUGUUGUAAGUAAGCAACACUUCCUCAGUUUCAUGCAUCAGCGAAGGCCAGGCUUUUACCUGCAGAUAUUACUUUGUGCCUAAAACACACAUUCCAAAGAGUUUUAAGUGAUAUUUUUAUGUAUAUAUGCAGUUUGUACUUGUUUUUUGUAUGAAGUGGUGGUAUGUCUUACUAUAUGUGAAGCGAAAAUCAGUUUGCAACAGCUAAAUAAGUAAUUAUAAAGAUAAUUGAUUGCUUUAGAUAAGAAUAGAACCCAAACCUGUUCUGUUACCUGCACACAGUUCGAAGCUACAAUCUGGUGCUCAUGGUAUGCUAGCUUACACACCUGGGAGGGCACCAGUGAUGCCCAAAAAGCACAUUUAGAUUUUAGAGCAACAUAUGCUGCCAACAAACACUCUUUCUGAAAGACUUUAGCAAGACCAGAUGCUGCACUCUUCUGCCUGCAGUCCUGAAAUGUUGUUAUUUUUUUUCUCCAGCGCCAUCCUGCGUGAAGAAGUGAAGUACGUCCACACAGACGCUGAUCUCCUGGCCAUGGAGAAAGCUGCAAGGGGGAGGAAGGAUCUAGUGCUGGGUUAUGUCCGCAGUUUGUGGAAAAGGUGGAGGGAGAAGAAAAAGAAAGUAAACUUGUGUUCAUUCAUUUCUCUUUCUCCCAAGGUGAGCUAGAUGAUGAAAUCGCAGCUUCUGUCUAUGAAAAGCGUGGAAACUUGCCUGACGUGGACUCAAUUACCCAUCUGACCUCUGAAAACUUUCACUCUGUAAUUGCUCAAAGCAGCCUGACAGUGGCGCUCUUCUACCUCAAAUGUGAGACUCAUCAUUUCUGCUGCCUCAAAUAUGGUCGUAAUCAUCGAGUCUGAGGAGGUAUGUUGUAUUUACUGUCUCUGUCUGUCUUUCAGUGCUGAUGAGUUAUCCGACUCAUCUCAGGUGUGGUUCCUCCACUGCAGACUUCACAGUCGUUACAGGAACCCAACUUCUGAGCGCUGCCCUGUAACUCGUAUGAGGAAGCCCCUCUCUACCCUCAGCCUUCACACCUUCCUGCAGCUCAUGGAGGCUCCACUAGUGGUCAGUAUGAUGAAAAUAUACAUUAUGUCUAUCCUGGUUGAACCGGGUUGUAUCACUUAGUGUCAUAUCAUAUAUUCUGUUGUAUCUUAAAGCGGUCGUUUUAAAAAUAUUUGUCUUUUGAGUUUUUUCAUUCAAACAAAAAUCUACAAAUAUGGCUCAAAACGAUGCCUGAAUUAGACCUAACUGUACAUGUCUCUGUGCUGUCAGUCUGAGGUGUAUGAAGACCCCUCCUCGGUCCAGCCCCCUCUAUUCCCCUACCAGCAGACCCCCCAGGUUUUCUUGUUCGCUCAUCCUGCAACCGAGCACCUGGAUCGGGAGACAGCAACCACUCUGGCUUGGAGGCUCCGUGGACUGGCUCUGCUGCUGCUCGUACACAGGUAUACUCUAACACACACUUGCUGUGCUGCUGUGUCAUGGUUUUUCUCUUUAGAGGAUGUGUGUUUUUAUGUCUUUCUCUGUGUGGGAUCAGGCAGAGUCCCGCGGUGAAAACCCCAGAUGAAUAUAACGCUGCUUACAGGCUGCCUGGGAAGGUAUGAAGGUCACUUGCAGACUUUCAAAUUAAAAGUUCUUCUGUUUUUGUUCUUUACUUAGCUUUUUGUGUGUGUGUGUUUGUGUUUCUGAAGGGUUUAGAUGUGAAAUACUUGACCCUGCAUGAUCUGGAUGAGGUGUUGGAGCUCUUCACAGAUCAAGAGAGAGAGGAGGAGGAGGAAGAAGAAGAGGCCGAGGAGAGGGAGGAAGAGGAGGAUUUGGAUUUUGGUAAGUUUGUGGAAAAGGUGGAGGGAGAAGAAAAAGAAAGUAAACUUGUGUUCAUUCAUUUCUCUUUCUCCCAAGGUGAGCUAGAUGAUGAAAUCGCAGCUUCUGUCUAUGAAAAGCGUGGAAACUUGCCUGACGUGGACUCAAUUACCCAUCUGACCUCUGAAAACUUUCACUCUGUAAUUGCUCAAAGCAGCCUGACAGUGGCGCUCUUCUACCUCAAAUGUGAGACUCAUCAUUUCUGCUGCCUAACAAAAAAAGAUGAAAAAAAAAAAACAAUAAAAUACAAAGUGUGACUGCAGUUUUCUGCUUUAUCCACCAGGGGAUGCUGUUUCCAUGGCAUUUCUCAGCUCCUUCAUUGAAGUUACAGAGAGGCUUGCAGGUAAACAUGUGGGGCUGUGGGGGUUUCUGUGGAGCUAUCAAGUUAGUUAACUCUCAACUAUAUAUAAUUUAUAUAUAUAUAUAAAGUAUGUUGCAGCCUUACCUGUCAUAGAUUUAAAAAUGAGUCAGGUGAGGUGAAGGCUAAUUUUUUAAUCCAAAUUUGAAGAUAAAGCAGCAGAUUGAUUUAGUGUAUUGCAGUGUAAUCCAUUAUUUUGAUUGAAUAUGCAAAAGAUUAUUUAAUCAUUAUUUUUUUGAUUAGUUCAUCUCAGUGUUUUUCUGAUUUUUCCAUAUCAUUAGAGUCCAUGGUCCAGAUGAGCGCAGUCGACUGUGGCGAGUGGACCGACCUCUGCGCUGCUCAGACGGGCAGCUCCCUCCCAAUCCCAUUCCAGCCAAUCACAACCUUCCCUACUGUCCUGUUGCUCCGCCCCCAGGAGCCAGCUCAACACUAUAGAGGCAUGCUUGGCACAGAGGCGCUGCAUUGCUUCAUCUUACUGUAAGAUUCACUCAGUUAAGCUACAAUCAAAAAUCUCUUGAAAUGAUGUGAAAUUGAAGUUUUGAAGGAACUCUAAGAAAACAGGUUACACUUUUACAGCUAAUGUGUUCGCUUUGUUCUGCUGCAAACAAGAACAAAAAAGUCCCAUCACCUCUGGAGGGCCCGCAGCCUCUCAGUUUCCUGCCACUUUACCCAUAUGGUGAUCUGAGUACGUGGGGAUGCAAUGAUACUGACAUGCUGCGCAAACUGGCUGCCUCGAUGUUGUGUGAAAAGAGGAGGGUUCGGUUCAGACUAGUCUAGUUGUGCAAAUAGAUGCAGAGGCGGAAAAACACCCAACACAAAAAUGGCAAUUGUUCCAGAAGAACUGCUACAGGUACACCGCAACUAAGCCACAUGUGUCUCUUUUAAUAAACCGUAAAGACUAAAUCAAAGUAGGGACAUUCACCAUAUUUACCAUCAGCUGCUGGUGGAUCACAGAUUCUUAGUGGAGUCCUUUAUGUGGGUCAUCCUUGUUGAAGCAGUCUAUGGUUGGCACAAACAAACAAACCAACUGCAUCUAGUAUAUUGUUAACAAAUACAUGCUGCAACUUUCUUCAGAUCACAGAUGGUGAAGUUGUUUGUUUUUAGCAGAGAAAAUCUGUCUGUGAAGUUUAACGUGCACAUCAAAGUCACAAGAGCAUAAGAGGAAGUGGACUUGUUUGAGGUGUGAGAGCGGUUUUGGUUGCAAUGCCAGUGCAAAGCCAUGCUUUAAAGGUUGUGCCACAAGAGUCGAUUCAGAUAGGCUUUUCGUACAGAAAAAACGCAGAGGUGUCAAUGCCUUCACUUUCUCAGGACUGCUGGGCUGAAAAUGGACUGAAGUACUUGUGGGAAGUCAAGAAGAACAUGUUUCUCAUUACUGAGACUUUGAAAGAGGCCAUCUGACACAUCCAGCACCCAAUUUACUCAUCAUGGAGAAAACUACUCAGCCUGUGAAAACUCUCUAACUGUGUGUAAUGUGAUUGUGGUGGGAGUGGUGAAUACUGUCAUGAUGUCAAAACGAUGUCAUCAGGGUUAUUUUAGCUUGCUUUACUUGUGCGAGCUGACUCUUUCCCUCCACUCAUUUCAGCCUUUGGACCGUGCUGUGACCCCAAAUGAGAAACUUUUUGUUUUCACUGUUACAAAGAAACCCACACGGGAAACUUUCUCAUACAACCACAUGUAAAUGAACUCAGCAGAAUGAUACAGAUCAAGCUUUCAUGAACAGAUAAGCACCUGUGUGUUGCUUAUGUUGAUGCACAGUCAUGUUUUGUUUCGCUCAGGGCUCCCACCUGAUAACAUCUUAGACCAAAAUCUCUCUCUGCUUUUCUUCCAUAACCUUUAUUUAUUAGCGGAUCAUAAAUGUAGCGCAAAGUUAAGCCUGUGAAAAUGUGAAUUGAAGCAUAUAUAUUUGUUCCUUCUUCACCCAGGAGCAGUCGAGCCUCUCCUGUGCUGCUGUCCACCCAAAAGGAAGUGAAAUCAUUCCUCCAGGAAGCGCCUUAUCCUGAGCUGACAGGCUUUACACCCAACAGAGCUCUGGGACUGUUUCGAACUCCAACAGAUGCAGGUAUUUAUGGGCUUGAUCAGAAAAGAUCUAAAACCUUAACAAUUUGCUUGUCACAUAACACCUAUUUGCAUGUAACAGAUGUAGAGGCCCAGCUCUCUGAUGAGCAGAGCUGCACCGUGCACUCUCAUCCUGACAGCCCCCAGUUUUAUCUACAUUAAAGAUGACGAGCUGAAUUAGCUAUACGGGAUGAUUCAUGACAGAUGAUGUUUAAAAAAGGGGGUUUUAAUACACUCCAUGAAUAACUCUCCACAAACAUCUGCCAUCAGUUUCACUGUAUGACGGUGUAAACUUGUUUCUCUGUCUCAUCAGGUGUGUCACUGUUCACUGAAGCAGCCAAGUCCUUGAGAGGAGAGGUGCUGACCGGACUGCUAACUGAUGAACUUGCAGACAAAUGGUAACAGCUUUGAAAUCAGUCACGUCAUCCUGGUCUGGAGAUUGUCUCGGACUGUAACCUUUGAGUGCUGCUUUUAAGCUGAUGUGUCCAUUUUGAAGCUUUUAGUCAUGAAUCCGUUUGGUUCAAGUGUCUGGGCUUGAUGAUGGAACCCAAUUAAAGUGCUGGAAAGACACUUCAGUGCAUCAUUAAGCAGUUUUAGAGUAGGACAUAUUUAUAGCCUUGAAUGUUUGUCUAAGUUUGAUGUUUUCUUUGCAGGGCUGCAGAGCACGCUGUCAAACUUCCUGCUGUGUUUGUGUUUCCCUCUUGGAGGACACACACUCGUCCACCCACGCUGUCUAUACCCUCUUCUCCUGAAGAGCUGCUCUCACACAUUAAAUCUGCACUACUGCAUCCACUGGUAAUCAAGUGUUUCUGUUUUUUCAAGUCAUGUUUGACUUAAAUUUGACUCAUCUGAAAACACCGGAGUAGCAAAAUAAUGUGGUCAGAAGAUCAAUAUGAAAUGAAUACAGCCGUGACAUGAUGUAGACGUAACUUCUUGGAAGAUCGAACAGUUCACGGUGUGUCGCUGUGAUAACAAGCACCACAUGUGGGUUUUCACAGAGUCAGGACGCUGUUUCCACAAUAUCCAAGGUCAGAGCGCUGCGUCAUGACUGAGUUUACAUUAACCACUUAAAACAAAUACAAAGAGGUGAUGGGGAGACAUGUGGAGCUUUAAUAUUGAUGUUCUCAGCUUGUCAAGUUCAUCUGAGUGUUUAUUAAACCAGACUGUACUCAUUAAUCUGGCUGCAAAGGGAGUUCAACCCAAAUGUUUGACAUCUAAAUGCACUGGGGGGAGUUUAUUUAAGUGUGUGGUAUUAGGUUUUGUUGGUGGAAACCCCAAAUAAUACCAGAGUCUGACACUUGGUGGCACUGUUGUUGUUGAUUUUUUUGAAAGCCGAAAUACAGUGAGUUUGACACACCAAAAUUGCACACAAUCCCUUAGCUGUAUUGUUUUGAAAUUGAAGCUUUUAUCAGGAAAUUUAGUUUUUUUAGCUUUUAUUUUGGAAAAAAAAAUCACUGAGACCAGCAGUUUUAAUUUUUUUUAAAAAUGGAGAAAAGCUUCUUUCUUUGGAGGAUUUGGCGUAUCCACCUCUCUCUUGCUCUUAACUCAGAUUUUAACUCUUCUUUCUUGUUCUUACCUCCAGCCUGAACUGACGGUGGAGAACCUGCCCUCCUUCCUCUCCCUGGGUAAAGCCCUCCUCCUCCUCUUUGUGGGAGAGGAGGAGGAUGAGAUCGGACUGAGGCAGAACCAGGCUCUGGUGGAGGAGAUGAGAGGGGUGGUGGAGCUAGGAGGGGGGAGGAUGGAGCGAUACCUGGCCUGCUGGAUCCACCUGUAUGACCAUCAAUCUCUAUAAAAACAGACCUCUCUUACUACAUUAGCUGCUCUAUCCAUCCUUUGCUUUUGACUUUCUUUAAAAAAUCUGAAAUAUUGUUGUCUUGUGUUCCAGGGGGCGGACUCCAACUGGUUUGUCCGUGUUGGGGUCCUACCUUGGCUCUAUGCCGCCCCUCCCUGCUCUGGUCCUCACUCAUUUGCCAUCCAGAGAUGAAAUCUAUCAGUAUCCCAUGAAGUUCCCCAUAGCUGCCCCCUCUGUGCUGAAGUGGCUGCAGAGGGUGGAGGAUGGGAAAGAGUCUCCAGCAGGUAAGACGGGGGAGGUUUUAAAGACAGACUGAUUCAGGAAGUGUGCAGGUCAAUCAGGGGAGCAUUGAUCCCCCACAUGGUUAAGGACACAGGAAGAAGGUUUAGGAUUAUAGUCCAUGUCCAUGUUUAAUACAGUAUUUCACAUUUAUACAAAUAUGAGGAGCCUUUUUCUACACAGGUGAUAAAACAGUCUAAUUUUAACACUGACUGCUCUUUAUGGCCUAUAAAGGCGAAACCAGACCACCAGCAAGAAUUCUGACUAUCCCUGUAUACAAUCGUCAUUCUCAUCUGUCAAAGCUGCUCCUGGGUUACAACAAACUGUUUUAACAUUAUGCAGAGCUUUUGCUCACUAUUUUUCCACAGCAAAGUUCCUCAACAAGUUGAAGAUUAGCUAGUAAAAAAGAAAGCUGGAAAAAGCGCCGUCUUUGGCAAAAACAUAAGGAUUAGCAGCUCUUAUUCGACUCGUUCCCACUCUCUCUUCACACCAUUAGGUUACUGGAAUCACUGUUUUCCUCGUCAUUAAUGCCCUUCGAACACCAGCUGCUAAGAUUACCGUCUACAUCUGGAUGUGUUUUUUUCGGCCCAUCACAUCUCCACAAUCAACUACGCUUUCACAUUCACACCUGAGUUAUUUUUCCGUACAAUUUCCCUAAAGCUAGCAGCAGAGCGAGCAUGUGACAACUUAAACAGACACAGCAGGUGACGGAGACGCUCUGAUCUACAAUACUUCUCUCUGCAGUCAAGAGGUCACCGUCUGAAGCAGCAGGAAUUGCUUGAAUGGCGUUUUUAAGUGUUGCACUCACUCUUCUGCCUGCUGUGAUUGCCGACUUGCUCGCAGAGAUUUGUCGACCACCUACAGUGAUGGCUUUCCAAUACAUGAUGACUCCAGAGUAGCACAGUGUCAGCACUAUGUCUGCUCUGUGUCUUUUUGUAUAGAUUCUACAUAAAAACAAGAAUGUGGACUAUGUACUUGGGAAGUGUUCUGGAUUGCGUUCAACAUGCUUUUGCAGCCCAAGCAACCCUGACCAAUCAUAAUUUAGCAGGAUUUGGCGUGUGCAGAACAAAACAGUGAGUAUAAGAGUAAAAGCAGUUGGGAAGUGACAUCCUAGCUCCUAUACGUGGUGACCUGACAACACUUUAUUUAUUCUAUAUACAUAUCUGCAUCAUUUGCCGGCCAUUAAUUUUGUAAUGAGGGUUUUGACGACUCUAUUAGAGGUAAAAAGGAUGGUGUCAUCUGCAAAAAGUAGUAGGAUUGUUGUGUUCGAUACAGAAGCUAUGUAAUUUAUGUUAAUAAGAAACAAUAAAGGUCUUACAAUGGAUCCUUGAGGUACACCACAUUAGAUUGCAUCUCCUUUCGAGGUCAUACAUAUUGUGUCGGAUUAUGAACAUAACUACUGAGCUAAUUUCUGUGACAGAAACACACCAUUACAUUACUUUUUGUGUGUGUUCAUGCCUUGAAAGAUUUACAUUCAUCCUAGAAUGUCCUUAUGUGAAGUACUGUGAAUCAGUUAAUUGCAUGGUAGUACCAUUUUUAGUACAGAUUUAAUAUCUUUUUUCUUUAAAAAGGCAGUCAACACAGAAUUGAUAGGGUUUAUGUCGCAGGCAUGUCUGAAGAGCCAAAUCCUGCAUUUGGUGUGAGCACCCUAGUUGCUGGUUGGGCUGUAAACAAUGCAGGCCAUGGGAAAGGAAAACUUGGCUGGAAAUUGUUUAUUUCCAACCACUGGCUUUACCAGGCAUUUGGAUAAGUUUGCCUUUGUUUCUUUUGAAGCAUUUAUCAUUGUCACAUGAUAGAAGAUGGAUGUACUAUUUUUACUUUUUCAUGACAAGCAUUGAGAGACGGAACGUGGAAAAAAAUGUGACAUUACUGUUAGAGCACGGACAAAAAUGAACAAGCAAGUAAUGGAUGCUGUCUUUUCCUAUCUUUGAGACGUCGAGGCACACAAAAUGCUGUGUGCUCCAAGUUGUAUAGGAAUAUUUUGCAGUUUAGUUUACCUUCCAGUGAUUACAUAAUAAACCUAAUGGCGUCUCUGUCUGUGAGUGAAGCAGCUACAUUUACGUAAGAGGGUCUUUAAAUGAAGGUGAUGAUUGUUGAGGUAACUUUAGGUUAAACCAUGACAGUCUGGAGCCAUUAACUCUUGACCUUUGAACUCUGUAGUUUGGUCUGGUGUGGUCUAAGAUGAGGCACAGGACUUACUCUGGACUAAAUGAACUGAAGGAUUGUCAUCCAGCACAUUCCAUUCAUGCUCUUAGGAACCAAAAGGCGACCUGCAACCCAAAGAGAUACACCACAGGUUUCAAGACUCCAGUUUUUUACAUCCUGAUGGAUCGAGACUACAGCAUGAAAAACUUUCACUCCCAUUAGAUUGAAGGCUGGUAUCAUCUUUAUUGAAUUCACUUUACAAUUAAAGGUCUCUGCCUUCGUCUGUCUCUGCAGGGAUGUUGGGUGACGACAGCUGGCCUCCUCCUUACGACUUCUUCGACUUCCUGAAAAUCAUGGACAUGCAGGAACCCGACUCUGCCCAGCAGCUAACUCCUGCAGAUGAAGAUUAUGUGGAUGGAGAUGAUGAAGUAAUUGCUCAGGGAGAUGUUGCAGAAGAUGAAGCGCCAGAUUCGUCUUCCUCUAGGUUUCCAGAAAACAACACCAACAUUCACUCUGAACUAUAAUAGAACAGGAGAGGGGAGACACUUUACCACUGAUAAAUCCUGAUUUUAAGCUUUAUUAAUGUUUUUAUCAUUCUGUAUUUAUUGGGAUUUCUGAGUGAACUACUGUGAUUUAUUUCCACUUACUUUGCUAUUACCAUAAAAGACAUAUAAAGCCAUACACUGUAUGAACACCAUUUAACGUGGGAUGAACCAAAAAACUCUUCGACUGCACUUUUUCCACAGCAGUUACUCCAAAAAAAAGCAAAUUAUACUCAAGUGCCGAUCAUUUCAAUGCAUGAAAAUUGCUGUGGCGUUACAUGAAGGAUAUUCACAUCCAGGAAAUUCUCGAGACCUUACUCUUCCCGUCAUUGACCAUCUUGCGCGGUAAUAAAAUUAGUGUCAUGGGAUAACCGUGAAAUUAUCCUGACAGCUUGAAAUGCUGAACAAAGCAGGUGAAACAGGUUAUUUGGACAGGUUAUUUGGACAGGUCUGUUUUAAUCAGUGCCAUUGUUUUCAUUGCGGUUUCUGGGAACUUAAGCUGUUUGAAUUAUUAAAAAAGGAUUUUCAGAUUCUGGUUUGGGACAGGGUUUUCUUUAAAUAUCCAGCAUCAACUGUACUCUGAUAAAUACCCUUGUUUUAUGCUAACUAAGAUAGAUAAAGUUAAUUAAAACAGCUGUGAUACAUUUUAUUUCAACUACUGCCCUUAUUUUAACGUAUGACGGGGCAGAAGUUUAUACUGAGCAUAUAUUCUCAGUGUAUUUGUCUGCAUUUGUUAGUUAAACAUUAAAAAAAUAAUAGUUUUUCUCACUUUGCCAGUACAGUUUACUUGAGUGUUCAACAGCGCCCCCGUUGAUUUUAAUGGCCACCCCAUGUUAGUUAGCGUGUGUGGUCAAACACGGUACUGCACUUUAGCAACAGUAUGACAUCACGGAAACGCCAGGUGAAGUUAAUUGAUCAACCCUACCCGUUAAAUCGUAACCGCCGCGUGACAGCUAAAAUAAUACAUACAAGAGUAUAUGGAAAAAAUAACUCUACAAAGUUCUUCAUCGGUAUAAAGACAAGGAGAAAAGGCAUGAACCGUCAAAAAAGGUGGGUCUGGGUCCUACAUGUUUGUUGCUGUAGCCUGUUGACUCAUAGUUAAGAGCAUAAAGACCUGUUUUUUUUUCACAUAAAUUCUAAGUUUCUGAUAAUGUAAAGUACUAGUUUUGGGUGCUUUCUGUAUUCACUGCAAACCUGGACUAGCGGUUUUGCAGUGCCCAUGGUUUUGUGCUUAUACUAUCUAACAGAAAAGAGAUGUGCUGACCAUAAAUCCAUAAUGUAAGCAGUGUUAUAUAAUCUUUUCCCAAAACAAAAGGCUGACCAAAUAGUCUAUUUUUAUACCAUAAUAAGAGUGAAAAGCUUUGCCUGUCAGUAGUAAUGGUUCCAGUCAGAGGGAGUAGAUGAGGUGGGUUGGAAGCAGCAAAAUGGACAAUCUUAAGGUUUUAUUCACUUUUGACAAGGGCCAAACCAUAGACUGAAUAUAAAUUAUAAUAUAUAGCAUAUAGAGUAUAGUAUAUAUAGUCUAUGGGCCAAACUAAAAAGUCUGGAAGACAGGGUUGUAGCAUCUCCUCAGGCAGUGGGAGACCAAAGCUCAUAGAUGUGAACGGUCAGGCAGGUUGAUGGUUGUAUGUUGAGCCAUCAUUCUGUAAUGAAACUAGAAAUAAAAAUCAGCUUAAGAUCAAAAGACCAGCCAGAACACUGUCAUCAAAAAGACAUCAAUCCCUGUUAUGGAGUAGAUUUCUCCCUCAUAAAGUCAGUCCUCAGUUUACCAGGAUCUGCCCAAGUCAAUCAGUGUCAACGCUGUUGUGAGCAGAGCAAAAACACACUUUGAAGAGCCAAUCCUGAGCAAAGCCGUGUGUGUUUACACUUCACAGACAGCUGGACUGUAUCCUACAGUAUAUGUUUGGAUUUCUGUGGAGCCUGUGAUUAGAAAAGGAUUAAAUCUUAAGAUGGAGCCUUACUUAUCCCAUCUGGAAAAGACAUUUGAACAUAAAAUAACAUUUAGGUGAGCGGUCUAAGCUUAUAGGGCUUAUGUGAUCUUAACUCAUGCAUCAGCUAUGUGACGUAUAGCAGCGCCAGUUUGAGGAAAAGUUUGGAGAAAAUAAUUGCUGUCACUGACUUUAACAGUGAGCUUGUCUGCGGUUGGCAGAUAGUUUCCUUUAAUUGACUCCUGCAUGAGAUAAUGGCUGCUCAGUUUGCCAGAUACAGUCGCUACAUUCAAAUUAAUUAGUAAUGACAAAUCUAAACCUGCACAGGCUGAUUUUAUGAUCUGCUUUUGGCUCUGGAUGGCUGCUAUGAGCAUAAAAGAACAUCCUGAGCUGACAAUUUCAGCCUUUUAAGGGAAUUUGGCAUUCAAUAUAUAAGCAAGGCAUUACCCAGUAGCCAUUAUAAGCGUGCACUGUGACAAAAAUGUCAGUAAAGCAUGUGAAGGACUCUUGGUACUGUUGUUGUGAUGUAAGUGUAUCCUAAAAGCUCAAAAAAGAGAAUAAAGCCAUAUAUCAGCAAAUUAGAUUAUUUGCUUAGGGUUGUCAGGAUAUCAGAUUUUCAUCUCAAAAUUAUCGUGGUCAUUAAAUAUAAUGAUGUUAUUGCGAUAUUUAAUCCUGAAAAAAAGUAGUCAGUCAAUUUGAGGAAAGGCAAGAAAAGGGCAAGACGACAUUUUACUUCAUAAACUUUAAAAUGUAAGUCACUUAAAUUGCAUUGAUUAACUCUUAUGAUAUUGAAAUUUAUGAUUCAUCAACAGCCCAAGUCCGAAGUGAACACCACCUCUGAUGGAGAUGCUUAGCCAGGACCUAGCACCUGCCCACAGCGCCAAAACUACUCCAGAAUGGUUUGCUUACAGCGACAUCACCGGGUGUGAUUGGCAAGUCCUCUUCCUGGACAUGAACCUGUCAGAGAAGGUGAUUACUCAUGUUUACUGUCCUGUUUGAAUAUUUCUGUGUGGAUAGAUAUAAUGAAAACCACUCUCACCUAAAGUGCUCACAGCAGGUUGUGGGAUAAAUGAUCAGUAUAGACAUGAAUCUGCUUAUACCUGUUGACAUGGGGCUCUCGUACACUCAUACACACACACACACACACACACAAUCGCUCACACACAUGCAGACGGACAUGCCAAAUAAUUUGAUUUGCUGCUGCCCGGAAUAACCUGAGUCAGCGUAAUCAAUCAGUAGGGAAAUGAUGCUGCAUGGGUCCAGAACGUAACAAGAUUGCAGACCGGCCAUCCGUCCCUGUGUUACAUAUAAUUUAUAGCAUUAGAGUAAACAGACCAUACAUAUUGAAUUUCUGAGGGGCCAAACACACAGACACAGAGCAGACCUGAUAUCUGAAGAGGUGUGUUUACCGGUAACCUUCGCAGACAGUUUCAACUUGUCUUUUGUUGUUUUUGUCUCUGGGAUGAAGGGACGUCACUGAUGUUUUACUGAUAAGACUAAAUGGAAAGCCAUUUCAUCAGGCUGCAGGCUCGCUCCUGUUAACCAGCUUGCCAAUGCUUACGUCACAGUAUAUUACACUGAGUGAAAGCAGACAGUGGUUGUUAAGCAGGGAGCCAAUUUCACGAACUGUUCCUUUAAAAUAGUUUCUGCAGUUGCAUAAGGCAUAAAGACCGCAGCGGCUGGUUUCUGUGCGGCAGCUAUACAGGAAUCCAAAGCAGCAGCAGCAUGUCGACACACACAUACUCGAGCAUGUGUCGAAGGAAUCUGGCUUGAUUACAAGGGGAACGUUCGCAAUCACAGAGAUGAUGGUAUAAUAACACACAGAUGCUGGGAGUGUAGGAAAGUAUAAACAAUGAUGUGAUGGUAUAGAGGCAGAACCAAUGAGGAGGGAGGAGAGUAUUGCAUACUGUAUGUUUGGAUGAUUUUCUCAGUGCUUCGUCUCUAUGUUGUUGGUUUCAUAUGAUGUUUCCCUGCUCCAACGCACCUGAUUCAAAUGAUCAGCUCGUUAUCAGACUCUGCUUGAUAACGAGCUGAUCAUUUGAAUCAGGUGUGUUGGAACAGGGAAACAUCCAAAACAUGCAGGACAGUGGGCCUUGAGGACUGGACUUGAGAACCACUGAUCUAAAUUAUUUAAAGCUUGAUAUUAAUUCUGAGUAUCUGACACAAUACCGCAUCUCCAAAAAUGUUGAACGCUAUCUAAAAUGUUAAUAAAAAAUUUCAUUAAAACCCUGUACUCAAAAACGGUUUGAAAACCACAUUUCAGGUUUUGAAACUGUGGAAAAGUAUGCGCUCAUUUUGAAAUGGAUGCCAGCAACCAGAGCCAGCCGAAGCCUCAAUGGGGCCCUAAGCAAAAUUUGAUUUUGGGGCCCUCUGUUUCUUCCAAUAAUAUUGAUUGUUGAUCAUUCACACACCUUAACAAAUCUCUUUUGUGAAACAUAUCUUUAUUUUGGCGUUUUUUUUCUCUUCUUUUCUUUUCUCUGCUCCUGAAGGAUAUUGUCUUUUCAACGGUAGCUAAACUUUGACAUAUCGGCAGUAAGAAUC